ACAAGACGCGAACGUGGACGCGUCACUGUGGAUUUUAUUCGUUAAAUUGUUCGGAGUUAACGAUCGAUUCGAACCCGUCGGUCACACGGGGACGUUUUCCUGCGCAGAACGGAGGAGUUCAGCGGAGUUCAGCGGAGUUUGAAUGGAGUCUUGCGUGUGACGGAGCAGCAAAUCCUACCGGUCAGCAAGCAGCUUCUGCGGGUAAACUUCCGGAAGUCCUCCGGGCUGGAACCCGAACACUCUCCAGGAUUCCCAGCCGGUUGUUGGGUUUUCUGACCCGGCCCAGUUCGAGUGGAGUUCCCCCCCCCCACCCCCCACCUAGCUAAUGACGUGGAGCAGCACGAUGAGCAGCGGCUACAGCAGCUUGGAGGAGGACUCGGAGGAGUUCUUCUUCACGGCCAGGACGUCGUUCCUCCGGAAGCCCAACGGGAAGGUGUCCGUGAACAAGGAUGUGGAGAAGGAGAGAGAGCUGCGGACGGAGUUCAGCAGGGAGGAGAUCAGGCAGAAGAUCGAGCAGUACAACUGUGUAACCAAAGACCACCUUAAAAUGACGCAGAGUUCCUCUGGUGUUUACACCGGUUUCGUCAAAGUCCAGAUGGACUUGCGGAGGCCGGUGACGGUGCGGGGGGGUCAGAGAGGAGCAGGAGGAGCAGGAGGAGCCGUGGUGCAGGAGGCUUUUUAUCUGCCCCGCGGUGUCAUCAACACCCUCCACAUCAGCUCCAAUAACACAGUCCGCCAGGUGAUCGUCGCUUUGUUGAACAAGUUCACAGUCGCAGACAACCCGGCCAAAUACGCCCUUUACAAGCGCUACCGGAGAGAGGAGCAGGUGUACGUGUGUAAGCUGGCUGAUGGCGAGCAGCCGUUGUUUCUGCGUCUGGUGGCCGGACCCGACACAGACACACUCAGCUUUGUGCUGAGGGAACAACAAAUCGGAGAAGUCAUGUGGGACGCCUUCUCCAUCCCCGAGCUGCGUAACUUCUUGCGGAUCCUGGACAAGGAGGAGAAGGAGCAGGAGGAGGCGAUACAACGCCGCUACGACUCCUAUCGCCACAGACUGCAGCAGGCCAUGACGGAGGUCCGACGGCCUUCUCAGAGGAUUUAACCUCCACUCAACAGGACUACUGCCCCCUAGAGGGACGGAGGAGGGGAUUUGUUUUUACCUCCGCAUCAAAGGAGGAAAAUGCUGUAAUUUCUGAUGGAGAGAGGGAUGUGAACAGAGGAUAAGAAGGAGGAUCCUGCAUUUGAAGGAGGAUACCGACGGAGGGAUGAUAAAGGACAAUAAACACUGAGAGACAGCCGGUGAAGGACAAGCGAACAAAGGGAUGAACGGACAGAAAUCGGACGGACGAUGCUGGAGUUUGAUUCCUGCUCGGCUAAAGACUUGGAACUCGCCGCCUGCUCUGCUGCGUCUGCCUGCGAACACCAAAGAUUCACUGAUUUGUGCCAAAUUCACUCAUCCUCUCCCUCGUUUUCUCCCUCUCCGUCCGUCCCUCUCUCUCACCUCUCACUCUGUCCUGCUGUCACAUAAUUUAUGCCGAUUAUCUGACUCCUUUGUUUCCCCCAGUUUUUAAUCCUCUUCUGAAUCUGUGAGCGACUCGAGGCCAUAUGUUGAGUCAGAGUUUAAUUUAAUUUGUUUUUGAGGUCUGUACAUAUUUUUUUCCUUAAUUUAUAUGGGUGAAGCUUUUUUAUUUUAUUGUUUUUUUCUUUUUAAAACAAAGUCUUAUUUGAGUUUAUUCUCCAGAGGCAGAGAAAAGUUUAUCCAGACUUCUACAAGAAGUAAACACACAAAAACAACACAAGCAGCACAAACCACUGGAUGUAAUGUUUUCACAAGCUGUAAUACCACCGGAAAUCACGAUACUGUACCAUCAAUAUAUUUAUCAAGUUGCUAUCGUUGAUGAGUUUUGUCUAAAUGAUCGUGAAAGUGACUAAGGAACAAGCAGGUUGAACCUGUGGAGUCUUGAGUGUGCCAAAGAGAAGAUGCUAUUAUUCAGUUAUUAUCUCAACUGACAUUUGUUUUUAUCUUGUUCUACUUUGUGUUAGUUUCACAGAAAUAUGACAAAUUAAACAUUAAAUAUGAAACGGGCUUUUUGUUUGUGAUACGUAAUUUAAUUGCAAAUGUAAUCAAUGUUUAUUUUUUAUUAUUAUAUUGAAUUUUGGCACACUUAAGAUUCCACAGAGGUUUUUGCCUGAAAAUUUGUAGUUUCUGAAACAGACACGAACUCUACGACUGACGCGUUAUCGAUGAGGAACGGUUUCAAUAAGUAGAAAAGAAUAACGUCUCCGAUCGGAGCUCGUGAGGACAGGAAGUCGCUGGUGGCGGUGGAAGUGUUUGUCGUUGAGGGUGAAGUUGACGUAAUGAACUGGUGGGAUUUUAAGAGUUUUAAGAGUUUGAGCUGAAGUGAACUGACGUGAUUUAGGGAGACGUGACCUCUGACCUCGGAGGAGGGAGGAAGCGACGAUUGAACGGCUUCUGGAAGUCGACUAGAAGGUUUAGAGGAAGUAGAAAACGGACAUUAGAUGGAGGAAGGAAGAAACGAUAAGAGAGGAGGUUAAGAUUUGUUGCCAUAGGAGGUAAUUCAUGAGAAAGAUUGUUCGUAGAAGCUGUGACCUUGAGAACAAUGACGGCGUUCUCUGUUUUUGUUGCGUAUAUAAAACCACCUGUAAUUCACCGCCAAGAGCAGAAAGCUUCAGUGGACGGGAGGAUAACAGCUGCAUUGUCCUGCUCUCGUUCAUUGUGCUUCUCGUCUUCGUUGCUCUCUUAUCUCCAGUUGGAACGUGCAGCCUCGACCUCCACGUCAACCCCAGACUCCAGCUUUUUGUCUGGUGGAUAAAAGGGGGAAACAUUACAGAGAAGAACAAGGAAAGUAGAACGUUAGAAGAGGAGGAAUAUGGAAAAGAGGAGAAGAUUAAAGAUAAACGUGCUGAAGAAGAGUUGAGGUUCAUGAAAGGUUUCUUUCAAAGUCACAAAGGCCUUUUCAUAGCUGCCUUAAAUAUAUAUAUAAAUAUAUAUGCAAUAUCCUCUUUGGCUUAUGUAGUUUAUCAUUAAUGACACAUAGACCAGAGAGGAUUGUUUCUAGUGUAGUUUUGUAAAAGUUAUUUUUUUUAGCUUUUAGAAUCAAGAGUUUAUUCUAGAUUUUCAGGAAACGACUGAAACUGUAAAAGACAAUCAUUUAAGUAAACAACACUGCGAAUGAAAAACUUGUUUGAAUCGUUGUGAUGAAUGAAAACAAAGAUACGAUGCUUGUUCCAGCUGCAGGUGCUGAAUGAAGUCGAACUGACAGUGCUGUGGUUGAGACUGGUUGUACUGGUUGCACGAUACCGCCGUCCAGUGGACAAACUAACUACUACUCCCUCUUCUCUGUGUCAAACGCAUUGAUCAUAGAUUUUAUUUUCAUUUGUUAUAAACAAAGAUAUUUUUGUGGUGUUGCCUGGAGCAAAGAUAUAUGAGAGGUGUCUUCCCAUCGGAGGGAGAAACAUAUUUAGUUUAGAGUUUUAUUUAAAGGGGUUUUUAAACCUGAUUUAUUUACUAUCAAACACUGGGAUAAAUGUAUGGAGGGGGGAAAAAGGGCCUUAAAGAGUUUACUCUCAGAAGAAGUGGUUAAUAAACCCUGAUAUCUGAUUUAAAUUUGUACUAUUUUUUGUAAACAAAAUAUCAGGAUGAGAAAUUCAAACUUUAAACUUAAUUCUGUGCUGCCUAGAAUUGGCAAAAUACCAAAUUGGGUGUUGAUUGAUAAAAAAACAAAACAAUUCAAACUAAUUUGGCCACUUUUUGCCUCCAUACUGUAAAAUUUAAAGUGAUACACAUGUCUGCAUCUUUAAGCCAUGUUGUUUGUGUAAAUUCUAAACAACUUUUGCUGAUUAAACACAUCAGACCAGACUAGUAUCAAUAUUUAUAUUUUUAUUUUUUGGGGGCACUUUACCUUUUAAAUUCAGGGAAGACAGGUUUUUAUUUUAUUUUUAUUUUUCCCCAGUUUAAUCCUAAAAACCUCUGCUAUCCUUCUGUGUACAUUAUCUUAACAUCUAAUACUCUUGACGUUGUCAAGAGAUGUUGUUAAGCUCUACUUAUUGUUAUGUUUUUUUUAUUUUAUCAUGAAAGUAAAGUGUGGCAGAAUAAGUUUUAUUUAGUUUUGUUCUGUUUCAGCUGUCGACUGUGAAACGUUUGGUUGAAUCCCGUCUCUCACAAGCUUGUCCUUUUGUACGUGAUACCUGUUUUCACCCCCGGGCUGUUUGACUUCAAAGCUUCUGAAUUAUCGUGCAUAGAAGCAGUCGGAUGAAAUACUUUCUCUUAAACGCUGUCAAAUCUGCUGCUUAUUUAAAUUCAGCUUGUCGAUCAGUUGAUAUUUCACGGGAUGCCAAAGAUCUGUGUCGCUCUUCUGCCACUUGUUCAUUUUAUUUUGUAUUAUCCACUGAUUCUGUUGGUUUUUGUGCAGAGAGAAAUAUCUAAAACAAAACUCACACACAGGUUUUUUAAAUUUCACACCUGAGCUGAAAACCCCAGAAUCGAAGUCGUGUCCUGAAUCAAACAGGAUGAAAAGAAUUUAAGUUUCUAAUCCUCGUCCUGAUUAAAGUUAUUUAUUUCCCGAUUCAGCUCAGAUGUAGUUUUUGAGUUCAGUCCCGUGAGCUCGGCCGUGCCUUCGUGAAGCAGCAGAGAAACGUUCUCCUCGUUAGACGGAGGCAGGUUUCGGUGUUGGUGUCUCUUGUUCUGUUGGAAUCAAACGUGGCCUUUUCCUCCCACGGAGGUCGGGCUGCAUCUAUUAAAGGUGAAAUUAAAACUCA